AUGGCGGUAUCAGGCGUGUGUCAAAGCAUCCUGAAUGCACGGCAAACUAAGGACGAUUAUGGAAGCCUGGAAGCUCCCGAGAAGUUCCUCAACCAGGACUACCAGCAGCUGAAACAGUACUGCCUGAUCCGGAAGGUGCGUUUCAUCGAUGACAUGUUUCCCCCGGACAGGAGAUCCAUCGACCCCACCAUCCCGUCUACUUUAGACCUCAGCAAAGUGGUGUGGUGCAGACCCCAGAAAAUUGUUCCCAAUCCAGCUUUUGUGGUGGAUGGAAUCUCCAGAUUUGAUUUUGGCCAGGGCGAUCUUGGGAAUUGUUGGUUUCUGGCAUCCAUCGGAUCUCUGACGUUCCAGAAGCAAAUCCUGGCUCAAGUUGUGCCAAUGGAGCAGCAGUUUGAUGACAGCUACUGCGGCUUGUUCCACUUCAGGUUUUGGAGAUUUGGACGCUGGGUGGAUGUAGUUAUUGACGACAAACUUCCCACAAUAAACGGCAGACUUAUCUUUGUCCACUCCACAGACCCGACCGAGUUCUGGCCUGCUUUGCUAGAGAAAGCCUAUGCUAAAGUGUGUGGUUCCUACUCGGACAUGAACGCAGGGACCCCAGCGGAGGCUCUGGUGGACUUCACCGGAGGAGUCCACAUCUCUCUGCAGCUGAACAGUCCUCCUCCAGACCUGUGGGAGGUCAUGUGCAGAGCAGGACGCUCCAUUUCCAUGAUGGGCUGUGGAACUCUUCCCGGGGUAACCAUUUCCAAUCAAUAA